CUAGUCUGACUGAGCCGCUCUUGCCCGUCCGUGCUGCGCUGAGGUCGUCUCACUCGGAGGCGCCAGCGCGCGCGCGCGCGUCGUGUAUAAAUACGUGCCCGCGUCUCACUGUUGCCUCGCUCGCACGGUGUCCUCCUCCCGCUACCGGCAGGCCACCCCCAUACGCCUCGUUCGUCUCCUCCUCAACCGCAGGUCAGCAGCGCCCGAGCUCUGCGUGCGAUGGACUACUCGGGCACCAAGGAGUCGCCUCCCUCCGGGGCUUGGUGGUCGAGGGAGACGGUGGCCGUGGUGACCGGCGCGAACCGCGGCAUCGGCCACGCGCUCGCCGCGCGCCUGGCCGAGCACGGCCUCACCGUGGUGCUCACCGCGCGGGACGGCGAGCGCGGGGAGGCCGCCGCGGCCCCGCUCCUCGCGCGCGGGCUCGCCGUCGUCUUCCGCAGGCUCGACGUCUCCGACGCCGCCUCCGUCGCCGAGUUCGCCGCCUGGCUCCGCGACGCCGUCGGGGGCCUCGACAUCCUGGUGAACAACGCCGCCGUGUCGUUCAACGAGAUCGACACCAACUCGGUGGAGCACGCCGAGACUGUCCUCAGGACCAACUUCUACGGGGCCAAGAUGCUCACCGAAGCGCUCCUGCCGCUGUUCCGGCAGUCGUCGGCGACCAGCAGGAUCCUCAACAUCAGCUCGCAGCUGGGCCUUCUCAACAAGGUGGGCGACCCGUCGCUGAAGGCACUGCUCCUGGACGAGGAGCGGCUGACGGAGGCGGGGAUAGAGGCGAUGGUGUCGCGGUUCCUGGCGCAGGUGAAGGACGGGACGUGGGGCGAGCAGGGGUGGCCCAAGGUGUGGACGGACUACUCCGUCUCCAAGCUGGCCCUGAACGCCUACUCCCGGCUGCUGGCGCGGCGGCUGGAGGCGCGCGGCGUGAGCGUGAACUGCUUCUGCCCCGGGUUCACGCGCACGGACAUGACCAGGGGCUGGGGGAAGCGCACCGCCGGCGAGGCGGCCGACGUCGGGGCGCGGCUCGCGCUGCUGCCGCCCACCGAGCUCCCCACGGGGACCUUCUUCAAGUGGCGCACGCCGCAGCUAUACUCUAAGCUGUGACUGGCUCUGGGCUCUGGCUGGCUGGCUAGCUGAGCUGUCGUCCGUCGGCCGGGGCGUACAGCAUUUCGGUCCGGCGGUGUAGGCGUGUAGCCGCUCCUCCUAUUCCUCCUGCUGAAUAGUACUAGCAAGUAUCAACAACGUGUGCAGAGAAGUCGGUAACCGGAGUGUCGAUCUGCCAAGGUGCUUUGGUUGAACACUGGCUCAGCCCGUUUGUGACUCUCAGCUAUGUGUACAAUGUGCGCUUAUAUCUGUCUU